GUUGUCCUGGUAACGCGUCAACGGAAUCCGGGAAUGGCGAGUUUACUGGGUGAAACUCUGUUUGAGAUCAGUGGACAAGGUCCUGCUCCAAUAAAGGACUAUUUCCACUUUGCAAUAACAAAAUCUCAGGUAAUUUGGAGCUGGUGGAAGAUCUCUUUGAGGUCAGACUGCAGGAACACACCACCAGGACAACUGAGAGAAUCACAUGAAGACUUAGAAGACAAACGUCUGCAAAAUCAAGUGAGAAUGGUAUUUGGUCCUCACAUCUUGCAGUACUCCCAAAAUUUAUGCCAGGGACACUAUGAUUACAUUGUCCGUCUCCCCAAUGCUUUACUUUUCAACAUCAUGGCACAUCUGGACCUUGAAGACAUUUCAGUUGUUUCACGCACCUGCCGUAGGUUUAAAGAGCUUUGUAACUCUGAGGAUUUCUGGGAGCAGACAGUGAGGAAGCAUUGUGACACUGUGACACCAACAGUGGAGGCUUUAGCUGAGGAGGUUGGCUGGAGGACAAUUUUCUUUACCAACAAGCUGCAGCUGCAGAUGCAGAUUAGUCGCCGGAAGCAGAAGGAAAAUCAGCCCUGUGAGGAUAAAAACCAGCCAAGUCCUUCUUCAGUACCUUUGGAGUAAAUGACUGAAGACUG